AUGGUCCUCUUCGAGACAAGCCGUCAAACCACCCGCAUCGCCGUCGUAGGCGCCGGCGACGUCGGCGCAGCCUGCGCCUUCGCCUGCAUCAUGAACCACGUAGCCGGCGAGAUCCUCCUCGUCGACAUCAAAGAGACCUUCCGCGACGCCCAAGUCCUCGACCUAGGCGACGCCGCCUACCGCGGCACCCCCUCCGUACGCGCGGGGACCUACCAAGAAGCCGGCCAGUGCGACGUCAUCGUCGUCACCGCCGGAGCCAAGCAGAAGCCCGGAGAGAGCAGGCUGCAGCUCAUCGGCAGGAACAUUAGCAUCUUGAGGACUGUCAUCGAGGGCAUGAAGCCGCUCAGCAAGGAUGCCAUUUUGCUGCUCGUGGCGAAUCCUGUGGAUGUUUUGACUUGUUUUGCGCAGGAGAUUUCGGGGCUGCCGAAGCAGCAGGUUAUUGGGUCAGGGACCUUUUUGGAUUCGAUUCGGUUGAGAGGGAGGUUGUCGCAGAAGAUUGGCAUCUCCGCCAACUCCAUCGACGCCUAUGUUCUCGGUGAGCACGGCGACAGCCAAUUCGUCGCCUGGUCCAUAGCCACCGUCGGCGGCGUCCCCAUCGACGAAGCCGUCCCCGCCGGAACCUUCGACCGCGACCUCAUCGCCGAAAAGUGCCGCAACUCGGCCGCCACCAUCAUCGAAGGCAAAGGCGCCACGUCCUUCGGCAUCGGCGCCGUCGUCUCCAGCAUCUGCUCCGCCAUCCUCUUCGACAAGCACCUCGUCCGCCCCAUCAGCCAUUGGGUCCCCGACCUCGGCUGCUGCAUCAGCCUCCCCGUCGUCCUGGGCCGUCGCGGCGCCGCGAGGCCCUUGCCGAUGAACCUUAAUGAGGAGGAGCAGAAGGCUUUGGAGGGUUCGGCUGCGACGUUGAGGGGGGUUAUUGCGGAUGUGAGGAGGGACUUUAAGCUUUGA